UUCUAUUCGGCGCGUCCAGUGAAGACAGCUUAUGUAAACAUAGUUGAUUUCGUUUAAAUACUCAUUUUUUAUUUUAAUUUCUUAUCGAUAUAUUAUAUUUUAUUUCGUAUUAACUAUGUCACGCAUACUUGUAGGUGUGAAAAGAGUAAUCGAUUAUGCGGUCAAGGUAAAUUUUGGGUCAUAGGAUACCUAAACAUAGAAUAGCUUUAAUUAAAGAAAGAAAAAAACAAGCAGCAGUUAUCUUAUCUUAUAUCAAAUUUGAUCUUGGUAAAGAUCCGUGUCAAACCAGAUAAAACAGGAGUUAUUACAGAUGGAAUUAAACAUUCAAUGAAUCCUUUCGAUGAGAUAGCUAUUGAGGAAGCUAUAAGAAUGAAAGAAAAAAAAUUAGCACAAGAGGUAAUUGCAGUUACAUGUGGCCUUUCUCAAGCACAAGAUACUUUGAGAACUGCAUUAGCUAUGGGCGCUGAUCGUGGAAUACACGUUGAAAUACCACCAGCAGAAUAUGAUACUUUACAACCAAUUCAUGUAUCUAAGAUUUUAGCAAAACUUGCAAAAGAUGAGAAAGCUGAUUUGAUUAUUGUUGGAAAGCAAGCAAUCGAUGAUGACAGCAAUCAAACUGCCCAAAUGAUUGCUGGUAAUUUAGAUUGGCCAGCAGGAACAUUUUGCAGUAAGAUCGAACAUGGUAAUGGUGAAUUGACUAUUACUCGAGAAAUUGAUGGGGGGUUAGAAGUCCUCAGAUUAAAAACUCCAGCUGUCCUUAGCGCUGACCUUCGUCUUAAUGAACCUCGAUAUGCCACAUUACCAAACAUUAUGAAAGCAAAAAAGAAACCAAUUAAAAAAAUUAGUUCAAAGGAUCUUGGCAUAGACACGUCUGCAAGAAUUGAAAUUAUUUCGGUAGAAGAACCACCAGUUAGGCAGGCUGGUGCAAUAGUACCUGAUGUUGAUACUUUAAUAGCUAAACUAAAAGAGCGUGGACAUCUUUGAUAUCUUUUAAGUGAUCUAUAAAAUAGAAGAUUAAAAUAUUGUAUCUUCCUUGCAAUGAAUUUUAUUAUAUUUUAUUGUAUAUAACAUAUGCUAUAUGUACAUAAUUAGAAUGAAUAAGCUCUAUAUUAUAUAUUUUCAUAAAUUUGUACCAUGUGGAGGAAAAAUGUAUAUCUUCUCUCUUUAUCAUUUAUUUUACAAUUUUAAUAAAAUAGUAUGUUAUAUACUCUAUAUAUCUUUGGUAAACAUAACAAUAUACAUCAAACAAAUCUCUUAUGAAUGUGUACAUAUACAUGUCAUCAUUUACAAAAAAGAAUAUUGGAAUUUUUGUUCAAUUAAUCGAACUUGUAUUAUCAUGAUCAAUUGGCACAGUUAUCUAAGUUUUUUUACUAAUAAAAUUCUAUAAAAUAAAAAUAUUGAUAUUGCAUACUUCUUAAUGAAAAAUUUUAAUAAAAUAUAAGCUGUUUAAAAGUUUAAAUUUGCAAAAUGCAGCACUCUGAUUCAAAUAUAAAAUGGCAAUUAUAUCGAUCUGAAUUAAUAUUGCAAAAACCGAAGUUGCAUGUGAUAGGAAACAGUUAAUAAAAUUAUUUUUGCACUGA